AUGCUGGCCAAAAAUGACGAGUUUGCUGUUCAAAUUGCACAUGCUGCCAGUGCGGAAUGGGAGAUUGAGCCCGACGCAACUCCCGAAAAUGCGGCUCAAUAUAAGAUUGUUACGGCGUGUUUUACCACGACGGUGUUAAAUAUCCUCACUACUUGGUUCGAAAAGGAGCCUGGCAAUACACGUUGGAAGACAUCUCCUAUAUGCGAUGGUUGGGGAUUACAAGAGCGUGUACGCUUAGUUAUUCCCACAGGAGAGCAUAACCUAUGUGAAAUAUGUCUUCUCGCGGUCGCAGUCUUGACUUGUUUGCACUGGAGCUGCGUCUUUAGUCUUUUUUGCCAGCGCCGGUGGCAGGACAAUUUUUUACCCGGAACUAUCGUCGCUACAUUUGUCACACUUCUUCCUAUCGCAACGUUCGUUCAAGAUCAGACUUGGGUAUUUCUUGGGGUUUUGCCAAUAGUAAUCGAUGUCUUUAUUGCAGCUUGUGCUGUCAUCGAUUACAUCGACCAAAAAAGGUUUUUUCCGAAGGCCUCGGACACCAACAUCAUCUGA